CAUGGGUGCGUCGGAAUCAGAGUGGUUGGAGAGCUCUUGCGGAUUCCAUAAAAACAACGGGGAUCACGUGGUUUAAACCUUGUACACUUGUACGGGAGUACAGCGCGAUCAAAGAAGACUAAAGAGGCGCUCGAAGCGCUAAAUGUCUCGAAGUGUAUGCGCGCGCAAGGCCUUUCAAGGGCCAAAGCAUUUCCUCUUCGGCAUCUUUCCUCCUGUGAUUCUGCGUCACCUCCUAUCGGUCGCUCGCCUGCUGAGGGAGUGAGGUUGAGGUCCUGAGGACUCGGAGGUGUAUUUCCGUCGCAGGGAUUAUCGAAAUCUUGAUACUGCAUUAUCCACGUGUUCAUUCCCGACUGCAACACGGGAUUGGACAGGUCCGGGACCGGCCGCCUGCAUUCACUGCGACUCACACUUCGCAUUGACAGUUCACCAUGUUGGACGGUAGUGCUGCAGUCAACCCCAAUGGUUCCUGGCUCAACAGUCGUGGCAUCUGGCUUACCUACUGCCUGGGCAUCCUGUUGCUGCAUUUGCUGAUACUCAGCUUCCCUUUCCUGAGCGUUGCCUGGAGCUGGAGUCUCACAAAUCUUACACACAAUGUGGCGAUGUUCUUCUUCCUCCAUACACUUAAGGGAGUUCCUUGGGAGUCAGCAGACCAGGGCAAGUCACGAUACCUCACACAGUGGGAGCAGAUUGAUGAUGAAAUGCAGUUCACAGCCACAAGGAAGUUCCUCACUGUGGUUCCUGUUUUCCUAUUUUUCCUCACAAGCUUCUACACCAAGUAUGACUCUGUCCACUUCGCCAUCAACUUUUGUUCCCUGAUGUUUGUGCUAAUUCCCAAGUUGCCGCAGUUCCACAAGGUUCGACUCUUUGGAAUCAACAAGUAUUAAAAGCAAGCAGGGAUAGGGUCAAGUUUCAGUUAUAGAAUAUUCCUAUGUAUUGCUUCCGCUUUCUUUUUUCCUUUUCUUUACUGUUAACAUUGCCAAGGAAGCAUUGGCCUACGUAUUACGUUUAUAAUAAAAGCUGUGGCUGUGUUUUGAGCUGCUACAGAAUCAAUGCAAUUAUGUUCAUAUUAUGCUUAGUAUGUUGUCAUUGCUAUUUUGUAAUGAAAUGAAAUCAGUCAUGUUCAUAGAUAUUAUUUUUAGAUAGGGAGCAGUUGCUAUUUUUUUGCAGUAGUGGAAUUUGCUCUUUCUUGUCACUGUUAUUUUAGCACUGUUUAGGGGAUGUGCAGUUGUUGUGGCUCAUGAUGAAAUCAAUUGCAAAUAUUGUGAUUGAUUAUGCAUAACUCCUCAUUAAAGUUGGAGUGCUCUAGUAUAUGUGAUACAAAGUGCCUUUUUUAUUUAAUAAACUCUGUCAUCACACAG